AUGCAUAAGAAGCUAGUUGAAGUUAAGAAGAAAUUGCUGGUAUGGAAAAAAGAGAGUAGAUACCUUAUAAAUACCAAGAUUGAGGAGACUCUACUAGAGAUUUUGGAUCUUCAUAUUCAGCAAGAAAGUGUUUUAUAUAUAGAGAGGGUAGUCGAUAGGAAUGCUUUGCUUAAGUCCUUGAAUGAUCUCAAGAGAGUGGAAGAGAUUUAUUGGAGACAAUGCUCUAGGAGUAAAUGGCUAAAAGAAGGGAACCGCGAUACUAAAUACUUUCACAUUAUUGCUAGUGCUCACAAGAGGCAAAAUGAUAUCUCGGGCAUUACUAUCCUUGGUAUUGAUCUAGAUGAUCAUAAUGCGAUGGAAUGUGCGGUGGUAAAUUACAUUGAGUGGGCUUGUACCACUGAAGUUGAGUUUACUCCUAAGCUGAAUAAUGUCCUUUUUAAGUACUUAUCGGAUGCCCAUGUAGCCCAGUUGGAAUCAGAUAUCUCUCUGGAAGAGCUUAAAAGGGCAGUCUUUGCGCUACCAAGUAAUAAGGCUCCGGGUCCAAAUGGGUUUCCACUUAUCUUUUUUCAUAAAUUUUGA